AUGAUCUCCAUUCAGAGGCUCUCUACUCGCAAGGCGCUGGCAGAUAUUGAGGCAGAUCAUCUUCGAGAUUACCUCUCCUUCCUCUACCGGAAGGCGGAGCAGCUGCUCCUCUGGGAGAAGCUCGAUGCCAAGAUGUCCAAGGCGGGAGAGGAGCGCGCCUUGGAGGCCCGGAAGCCGGUGAUCGAGCUCUGCUCCAGGGCCUCCUUCUCUCAGAUGAAGAGCCUCCGCACGAGCUGCUUCGAGAACGACGAGGAUCUGGAGCGCAGCGAGCUGGAGGAGGACUUCAGCCCGGACCAGAUUACGAGCUCGGCACAACUUCGAAGGUUCUCCAACACGGAUGCACGAGUCAGACGUCAAAGUGCCUUUGUCAUUCAGAUGCCCCAGGAGGAACCCUUCGACGAGACCGAUGAGGACCCGGAGAAGAAAAUGCGCUUAAAAGCAACCGGUAGGCUCGACAUGCCCAAGAACUUGCCAGAGGCGGAGCCGAAAGAGCUUCAGCUUCGAUGCUUGGUCCAGCUCCAAGUACAGGCUGUGAACACGAGCCCUUGGAGCCUCAAGGCUGCGCUGCGGGCGCUGCGGGCUCUCUCGGCUCACUGCACUGUAGCUCUCGGCGCGGCAGGCAAGACGCCGCUGCCCAGAGCCUUGGUGGUCGCCGUCGCCGACAACAGCCCAGAGCUCGUAGGACUGCUCUUGGAGUUCAAGGCAGAUGCAUCCGCUCCGUAUCAGGGCGAAAGCAAUUUCAAGGGCUGGAUCAAGCCCGGCUGCUCGCUCCUGCAAUCCGUCACCAACCGCAAGGGCCGCUUUGUUGGUACGAUGCUCGCCGAGCGCUUGGAGAAGGUGGAGGAGCUCCUCCAGGCGGCUCUCCAAGCCUCGGCGGCCUCGCCCGUGGACGAGCUCCAAGCGAGUCCGGCUGACGAGCUCUCCUCGCCGAGCCAGAGCCGCUCGGCCUUCCGCGCCAUCAGCAGCACCUGGCAGCCAGGAGAGCUCUGCAGGCACACCCAGGGCCACCCCAUCGGAGUUUACGAGAUCCUCGAACACCUCGGUGAUGGGGACACCAGCACCGUUUGGGGAGGAUGGCACCUGGAGUCCAGCGUCUCCGUGGCGAUCAAGAUCGAGGCCAAGUCCGACGAGGGCGGGAUGUGGGAGGAGAUCGAGAUCAUGCGGAAGCUCAGGCAUCCAAACGUCUGCCGGCUCUUCGAGACCUUCGAAAGCGAAAGUCAGGUCUUCAUGGUCCUGGACCUCUGCCUCGGGGGCCGCCUCUACGACGUCCUCGCCAUCGAUGGUGGACAGACGUGCCGGGCCAAGCGGGUGCUGAAGCAGCUCGCUGACGCGGUGGCUUGCCUCCACGCACACAAGAUCAGCCACCGGGACAUUCAGCUGGAGAACUUCCUCCUCGUGGAGUUAGAGGCUCCCUUGGAAGAGGCCACCAUCCGGCUCAUCGACUUCACGACCUCCAAGGACUUCUCUGCCGGUCAGGCACUGGUCACCAAGAUCUGCACACCGACCUACGUGGCGAAGGAGAUCUUGACCCGAAAGAUGGAGCCCUACACCGAGAAGGUCGAUGUUUGGUCGCUUGGCGUGGUCUUCUACAUCCUCUUCUCUGGGCAUCCACCCUUCAGCGGGGACACGGACUUUGACGUUUUGAAACAGGUGAAGAAGGGGGCCUGGAACUUCGAGCCGGCAAGCGCCUGGGAGGGUGCCCCGAAAGAGGGCAUGGAUCUGAUCCAGCAGAUGAUCACGCCGGCGUCGGAGUGCUGCGCCAUGCCUUCCUCUGCUGAGAGCGGGACGCAGUGGUCGGGAUGGCGGCGGGAGGUGGGACGGUCUGGGUCCGACGCUCCCAAAGGGAGGCGUGCGGCGCCCCGUGGCCCCGUGGCUUUCGAGGAAAAGCCGCACAGGCAGCCACAGAGCCGCACAGUCAGGCAGCCGCAGAGCUGCUGCAGAUCAGUUCCUUCCUUGCUCUUUGGUGCCGCUUAA